UCUAGGUUUGACAAAAUCAAGAGAGGAAUCAUGGAUUUGGUGACUUUCUACAAGGAGACCCUGAAGGAGAAGCAGACGAAGAGAAGUGUGCAGUCCAGGCUUGACACUUUCUUUCACAAGUCUCCAGUACCACCACCUCCCACUCCUAGUCCUGAAGUGGUGACAGUUCCAGAUCCCCCUGUACUACCUGUGACAGUUCCAGAUCUCCCUGUACUACCUGUGACAGUUCCAGAUCUCCCUGUACUACCUGUGACAGUUCCAGAUCCCCCUGUACCUGGACCCUCUGUAUCAGCCCGCCCACCUGUACGUGUACAAUCAGACCCCUUUGAUAGUGACAGUGACCCAGAUGACCCUGAGCCUUUCCAUGGUUUUGAUGCCUCGCCCUAUACAUCAGGUAAGGAAUCCUUAACAAAUUUGUAUAAAAUGUUUUAUAAAUUGCUAAUAGAAAUUUAUUAA